AUGUCACACCCCUAUUCAGACAACCUUUACUCGUACCCAGGCCUGGGCAACGACGAGGAUGUCGAGGAUGCUGCUGGUUCCCAACAUGACCGUGGGCAAACCCAAAAUGCAUUCAUGCCUAUCAACGACUUCGUCAAUAACACGUCGGAACCUUCGUUCAACUCUCCCUUUUCUGUUCCUCCGUUGGAGGAGGACCCGUCUCUCGACCCAUCAGGACCUUCAUUUAACUCUCCGUUUUCUCCUCCCGUCCUGGAAGAGGACCCGUCUAUCGACCCGUCAAUGACCGGCGAUAGCAAGGCGAGAGAGGCAGCUCGCUUGUCGGGACGCGACGAAGACAUCUACAACGCAGAUGUGGGAAACACAACGCAUCAAUCAUCUCGGGUAGAUGGCGGCUAUCCAUCUCUUCCCGUUUCCAGUUCGACAUAUGCCACGCCAUCGGCCCACUCACAACCGCACCAGGCCGCGUACUACCCGCACUUUCCAUCACAAGCUGCAUCAUCCUCAUCCCCAUAUAUAGCCCCGACGUCUGGUUCUCCCUACGCAGCCUAUCCUCGACACCAUCGUCUAUCAACAUCCGGUCACAGUUCUUCACCUUUCCUCUUUGAGGCUCCUCCCGCCUAUACUCCUUCGCCGACCUCGGCUUCGCCAACAAGCCCCCUGAACACCCACGCAGCAUCCUCAACAACCUAUCAGACCUUUGAUCAGGCAACGACACCAUCCUCUUCGACCUCGACCGACAGUAUGGGUCGUUCAGACGAGUCCACUGGCCUGCUGGGCCGUGGCGGCCCGGAAAGCAUGGGCGGCAACCACGGUGAUGGACCGGAGAACGUGAAGCCUACAAGGACCCAGCGAGUAAGUAAUUGCCUGCCCUCCAGGGAAACCAUCAGGAGGCUUCUGCUGUCGUUGAUUGUUACGGUCAUCCUGUGGAGUAUCAUUAGCCCUUCGUCCAAUUCCGGCAACAAUAACAAUCCAUCAAGCCCCUCUCGCCCCGGAAAUGGCGGCGGCAACGGACGAGGAGGAGAUUCUUCACCAUCACGACCGCCCGUCAUGCAAUACCCCGACAUUGACAACGAAGCCAACUGGUUCUCGCGCUACCGCUGCCGCGGCGGCCGCACCACCACUCGGCCGACCGAGACCUUCGAUGUCUCCUUCUCCUCCAGCAAGCACCUGACCAUCAACCAAGAGCGUUUUGAGGAAGACACGCACCACUACGACACGUACGUUUCAAUCCAAGGCGAAGUGAUCGUCCGUCGUUCCAGUAAAGACACCCCCGACCCAUCCAUCACCAUCGACGUCACCGCCAACGACGAGCGCAUCCUCUCCAAGAUCGAAACGCACUGGAACCCGAACGACCAGUCCCUCACCAUCAAGACGCCCGACGGCCUCAACACCGGCCAGCGUAACCUCCAGCUAUGUGCCACAGUCAAAGCCACCGUCUGGGUGCCCGAGGACGCGGAGCUCAAUUACCUCCAGAUCGCCACCAUCCACCUGGGCGUACAACUACUCGAUAACUUGUCCUUAACCGUCAAGACGCUUGCCCGGCUCGAUGCCAUAGCGGGUAACAUCAUCUCUGCUUCCUCGGGCGGCAAGAACAAGGACGUCGCCCUUGUCCAUAACCAAAGAGAGAAAACCCCGAGCCAACCGCGCGACACAUCCCCAGAUACCUACGCCUUCCACCCCCGCCGCCUAGAAGGCUGCACCACCUCCGGGCAAAUCUACGGCGUCUGGCCUUUGUUCGACUCGUUGAUCCUCAAGUCCACAUCAGGUGAUAUCAGAAUCGGCAUCGAACCGCACGACCCCUGGGACUCUGAUUCUUCUUCUGAAAAAGCAGAGCUAGCCAUCCGCUCCACCUCGGGCGCCGUGGACUUCCGCACACAUGGCGUCGCCGGCAAAUCGCCCUCGGUGCCAAACAGGAAUUACGUACUAGACGUGCACACGACCAGUGGUAACGUCCAUGGUCUUGCACCCUUUUCUUCCUCGGCAACAUGCCAUCUCCAGAACACCAGCGCUCCGCAACAUCCACAACCAACACACUUCCACCUCUGGCCAUUUUACCUCUACCUGCCCGUCUCAUGGGAGGGCGAGAUCGUCAUGAACACGCUUAGCGGCAAGUUGGGCGUCAGCGGGAAGGAUGUCAAGCUGAUUAAGAGCGGGGAGCAGUGGCCUGGUUUCAACAAGGAGAUAGUAGCUAGGAAGGGGGAUGUGGGAGGGGUUAAGGGGGAGGGAAGUCGGGUUAAGGUGGCGUUGACGAGUGGGAGUGGGGAGGUUAGGGUUGGGUAG